AUGUCGCAAGAUGUCUCGUUCGAUAGUCUCGGUGGCGUGGCUGACCACGAAGCGGCGCUGCGCGAGCUCGUGACGCUGCCACUCGAAAGCCCAGAGGUGUUCACGCGAUGCGGAGUGAAGCCGCCUCGGGGAGUGUUACUUUACGGACCGCCGGGUUCGGGGAAAACGCGUCUCGCGCGCGCCGCCGCGCAAGCAUCGAACGCAAAAUUGUUCGUCGUGAACGGUCCAGAGCUCGUGAGCGCGCACAUGGGAGAGAGCGAAGAGGCGCUUCGCGGCGUCUUUCUCGCCGCGGUGAAAGCAGCCCCGAGCGUGGUGCUGCUCGACGAACUCGACGCCAUCGCUCCCGCGCGCAAUCAGUCCUCGGGGGGAGACGAUAUGAUGUCGUCGCGAAUCGUCGCCACGAUGCUCGCCAUAUUUGACGGUACAUCAUCGAACGUUCCCGAGCUCGAUCGCGUCGUCGUCAUCGCGACGACGAAUAGACCGGACGCAAUCGAACGCUCUCUUCGGCGCCCUGGAAGAUUCGAUCGCGAGCUCGAAGUGGGCGUGCCCACGCCCAGCGAUCGAUUAGAAAUUCUUCAAACGCAUCUUCGUGGUUUAAAUCACGAUUUGACUGAGGAAUACAUCGUGGAUCUCGCGCGACGAGCGCACGGGUUCGUCGGCGCCGACAUCGCGUCGCUGUGCCAAAACGCGGCGAUGCGCGCGCUGACUCGCGUGAUCGAAAAAACGUCCAAGCGGUCAUCCGGCGUCAGCGAUGAUGUCGACGGCGUCGCACGUGCGAUUGGCGACAUCGACAUAUCAUCUCGUGACGAGCGAGUGAUUAUGGACGAUUUCGAGCACGCGCGCGUGAAAGUCCGGCCGAGCGCGUUGCGCGAAGUAGCCAUCGAAGUUCCAAACGUCGCUUGGGACGACGUCGGAGGUCUUGACGAAGUAAAGGAUCGCUUGAAAGAAGCCGUUGAGUGGGCGGAGAAGCAUCCAGACGCAAUGAAGCGCGUCGGAGCUUCGCCGCCUAAAGGUAUUCUGCUAUACGGCCCUCCCGGGUGUAGCAAGACAAUGCUGGCGCGAGCGGUGGCGAGCGCGUCGGGACGCAAUUUCAUCUCCAUUAAGGGAUCUGAGCUGUUUUCAAAAUGGGUAGGAGACUCUGAAAAAGCCGUGCGCGCGGUGUUUUCCCGCGCCAGGACAUCCGCUCCUUCAGUGAUAUUCAUAGAUGAGGUAGACGGAUUGGCCGGCACACGCGGCGGUGGCGAACAAGGCGGCGCGCCCUCCGUGCAGGACCGCGUCAUCACGCAGCUCCUUGGAGAGAUGGAUGGCUUAUCCCCGACGACGAACGUGACUGUUGUCGCGGCGACUAACCGUCCCGACUUAGUCGACGGCGCACUGUUGCGCCCCGGCCGAUUCGAUCGCCUGCUCUACGUGCCGCCGCCGCAGUCGUCCGAAGAUCGAAUGGCUAUUCUGCGAGUGCAAUUUAAGAAUACGCCGCUUGCGGAUGACGUCGAUUUGAGCUUGGCCGCGAUGUCGACUCAUGGUUAUACGGGUGCAGACCUGUCCGCGAUAUCCCGAGAGGCUGCGCUGGCGGCGCUGGAGGAGAGCAUCGACGCCGACAGAGUCUUUGCCCGUCACGUCGCCACGGCGAUGACGCGCGUGCGUCCGAGCCCUCCGCCGCACCGCGAACUGUUGGAAAUGUAUCAAAAGUUUCGACGAACUUAG